UAACGAGACGCGAAUUUUGCGAAAGAAUUUUAUUAAUUACGACAAUUAAUCGAUAAUAACGAUGCACGUGAGAAAAAUGUUUCUGAAAUUUAGGCACAACAUUUUCCUGGUAGCGUUAAGCCACGAUGACGAUUUCUAAUGUAUCAUUUUUUUCAAGUGAGUCAUCUACGAUCAGCCCUUAUCGUUGAAUACAUUGUCGUUGCGUAGUGCGACGGGUGCAUAUUAUUGCUAUACGCGAACGUAUACAUAAAUUAUGAUCGCGUAUAGAAAAUAAAGCGCGCAACGAAAAUUGUCCAUUGACAGAAGAGCGAAGCAUCCGAGGAGCCCGGGAGUCAUAAGCAAUGUGAAUCGGCAUGGUCAGUGUGUAACAGUUCUCGUGGUGUGUUCGGUCUACAUAAACACGGCGCCAUGAUGUUCCUGCAACGCCAUAAUACUGUUAUACGACGUUUCGUUCUUUCCAUGGAUAAAUAUUUGUAGUCGAAACUGCAAGCGACAUAUGAAAAGAACGAAGCAUUAUCGAACAAUUCCGCUGCAUCGAAAUUAUUUCUAGGUGUUCGAUUCUCGGUGAGUACGUGAAGAAGCUUGCGAAUACUUCCUGAAAUUCUGAAUGUUCUCUGUUAACUAUUGCUGCUCGUCGCGAAUACCCUGGCUCCGCCACCAAAACGAGUGAAAGAGAUAGAGAUUGAAAGACAGCCAGAAGAUAAGAGGAAAGAGGGAGAGAGAGAGAAAGAAAGAUUAUGAACGCUGCGAGUGGCUAUACUGUGUUACAAGAAAAUUUGCUUAGAUGUUUAUCGUAUUCGUAAAAUUGUUGUCAUUAAGAACACGAUAAAACCAAAGUGUGGAAUCGAUAAAUUUACGGGUAUUCCUCUUCGAUCGUGAUGGCGAGAGGUUGGCGUCAAGAAUGUGGUAACAGGAGUGGGAGACUGUAGUAAAAACAAUGCUGGAUCACUAGGCAAUUCUGCGUUGUUUAGGAACAGGAAUACCAUAAGAAAGUCACAGAUAUAGUUUAAGUAUUACAGUAUUUUUAACAUGGAUGAUGAAGAAGGAUCGUCAAGCUCUGGACCUAUGUCUUCGUUGAAUAGUUUAUUUUCAUUUACUAGUCCUGCCGUGAAAAAGUUGCUUGGUUGGAAGCAGGGUGACGAAGAAGAAAAAUGGGCUGAGAAAGCAGUUGAUUCCUUAGUAAAGAAAUUGAAAAAGAGAAAAGGUGCAAUAGAGGAAUUGGAGCGUGCUUUAAGCUGUCCUGGAACACCUAGCAAAUGUGUGACAAUUCCAAGAAGUUUAGAUGGUAGAUUACAAGUAUCCCAUCGUAAGGGUUUGCCACAUGUUAUUUACUGUCGAGUAUGGAGGUGGCCAGAUUUGCAGUCGCACCAUGAAUUGAAGCCAUUAGAAUUGUGUCAGUAUCCUUUCUCUGCAAAACAGAAGGAAGUUUGUAUCAACCCUUACCACUACAAGCGAGUGGAGAGUCCAGUACUACCACCAGUACUGGUUCCUAGACAUUCAGAAUAUGCACCUGGACAUUCAUUGUUACCAUUUCAACAAAUAGCAGAACCAACAAUGCCGCACAAUGUAUCUUAUUCUUCUAGUGGAUUUAAUGCUGGAUCCACUGGAGGUGUAAAUCCAACUUCACCUAUGUCUUCUGUUGGUUCAGUGCCAAGUCCAGGAAGUACAACAUCACCGAAUCCACAGAGUCCGUAUGGUACUAAUGGAUUACCAGAAACUCCACCUCCAGCUUAUUCUCCACCUGAAGAUGGUUCACAACCUGGACAGUCACCACCACCUGAUCCAGUAGCGAUGGAUACAAGUGGUUCAGCAGAGGUGGCUCCAGUGUGUUACCAAGAACCACCUUAUUGGGCCUCCAUUGCUUAUUAUGAAUUAAAUUGUAGAGUGGGUGAGGUGUUUCAUUGUCAUUCCCACUCUGUUAUUGUGGAUGGCUUCACAAACCCAAGCAACAAUUCUGAUCGUUUUUGCCUUGGACAAUUAUCUAAUGUAAAUCGAAAUUCUACUAUUGAAAAUACAAGAAGACACAUAGGCAAAGGAGUACAUCUAUACUAUGUAGGUGGCGAAGUAUACGCAGAAUGCCUUUCUGACUCUGCUAUAUUCGUUCAAUCUAGAAAUUGUAAUCAUCAUCAUGGAUUUCAUCCUAGUACAGUUUGUAAAAUUCCACCGGGAUGUUCAUUAAAGAUAUUUAAUAAUCAGGAAUUUGCCCAGCUGCUCUCGCAAAGCGUUAAUCAUGGGUUUGAAGCUGUGUAUGAAUUAACAAAAAUGUGUACUAUAAGAAUGUCCUUUGUUAAAGGAUGGGGUGCUGAAUACCAUCGACAAGAUGUUACAUCAACUCCAUGUUGGAUAGAAGCACACUUACAUGGACCCUUACAGUGGCUGGAUAAAGUGUUAACACAAAUGGGUUCUCCUCACAAUGCUAUAAGUUCUGUGUCAUAAUUUGUGAUUUGUGUUUCAUUGCUAGGAGAAAAGAUAUAGUGAAAUGUAGAAAGAAACCUGAUGAUACAAGAGCAGUUUUUAAUAUUACAUAGUGCGAUAGUAAUAUAGACUGCAUAAAAGAUUUAUGGAAGAGUAACAAGAGUGGUAAGCGAGACAGUGAUGUCCUAAUGUGAGACCUAUCUCAUGUCAGCACAAUAAAAAAAAAGGUUAAUAAUAUAAUUCUUAUGAAAAUAAAGGAUUACAAAAGUCAAUAAGUAUUGAAUGUGAUCCUUAGUAUAAAAAAUUUCAGAGAUCACAGUGUACACAGAAAAGUUGUACAAUUUUUGGCUGUUACAUAGGGAGAGAAUUCUAGUAGGAAUAUAAUGUCGUGCAUAUAUAUUGAAAAAUCAUAUUUUUCAAAUCUAUUCAAUUACUCUUAAUAUCUUAUUUUAUAUGGACAAUUGUUGUGGAGAUAUUUGCUAAUGCUGUACCAUGAAUGCUAUAUUAAAUUGUUUUGAGAUUUACAGUUGAACAAAACAACCGCUAUGAAACGAAAGAAAAGCGAUUACCAGUCGUUAGAGACAAACGAUACAGAUUUCAAUGAUAUAACAUUUUUAAGAUUUACAGUUUUAAAGAACAGUAACGAGUGCUUUUAAAGCAUCUGAUUUAUGCCUAAACAAGACUUAGACUAUUCAAAUUUAUUACUAUAAAGACUAUAAUCUAAGUGUAAUUAAUUUCGAUUUUACUAAUGCAAUUAAUAUUUCAAUAUAGACAUCAGAUGCUGAUCUCACGUUGACGUUUGAAAGUUAACUGCAUCCGAUGACAUAUUGGAAUAUUAACUCUGAUAAUGCGUAUAAAGGAUAUUUUUUUGUGCAACGUUCCCUAACAUUCGUGUAAUGUAAGCCUUUGGAUGUAGCCUUAUAAGAAAAACUAAUGUGACAACUAACAUAGCGUCAUUUACUCGCUGCUCGUCCGAUUUUGAGAUUAAUAUAAGGAAUUAUGUAGUGGCUCUCAGCACUUUUCAGAGGUGUUCGUAAAUUUCAGACUUUAACGAAUGUUGAUUGUACAUACUACAAAGUAUACUUAUUAUAUGGCAUUGCGUGCAAUUGAAAUGAUUGGUAUUAUAUUUGGUACAAAAAGUAUGGAAAUUUUAUGAGUAGAGUUCUGAAAAGUGCCAAAAUCGUAUGUAUGUGACGCUUUUUAUUUAAGGCUACGACGGUUGUAUCGAAACAUAAAAUCAUCGCCAGAUAAUAUCCGAUUUUACAACAAGAUGACCAUGAAGUUAAUUUCAAAGAAAAAAAAAAGCAUAUUCAAUUAAACGUAUACACGGUCUCCUAAAGCAGUGUAUAACGUUUUCAGUAUGAGAACAGCAUGUCACAUACAUUCGGUAAUGAGCUAGGAAGGUCAUAUGAAUAUUUCAUUGAGAUUAAGCGAAAUCAAAAAUAUUAUCUGUGUCUUUUUACACAUUUAUGACGAAACAUUAAUUUCCUGAUGUGGAGUUACUCUCGUACGCAUCAACGUUUCUUCUGACUUUUUGCAUUAAGGUACACAGGUAUUACUGAUGAAGCAUGAAUCUCGACCCAAUGGUUAUAAGUGGCAAUACCUGUGACACAGUUUACAUAUAUAUAUAUUCGAAUGAUCUUCUGGCUUGCUGAUCAACUCAUAACUAUUCAACGAAUUACUGUUUCCUUUUAUGUAUAUCUUACGUAUAUUUCAAUGAUAGGUAUGAAGAAGGUAUACGGAUCAUAUAUAAACACUAUCUAAGAGUACUCGAGAGAACUGAAACAAAAGUCACUGCCGCUUGCUAUUACUUAUAUUUGUCGAUGUACCUAGCUGUGAUUUUUUGCUACCAAAUUUAGCAAAUUGCGUGUGGGUGAUCAACGAUGACGAAUGCUCUUUAUCAGAUUUUAACAAAUAUUUGGAUUCGUGAACACGUUCAAACCAAGACAAGUAUAUACGACAAUAACUUAUCGCUGAAGAAAAAAGAGAAAAGACUAAAAUUCGCAACGACGAAUUAAGGCCGUUCAGUCAAGAGUAUGGAGGAGUUCCAUUUACCGUUUCUUCGUGGUCACCUGUGUGUGAAAUCUGUUCAGCUAAAGAUUGAAGAAUAUUUUUCAAACCGAUCUAGGUUGUAAUUGGUGUUGAAAUUUCUCUUUUAUCA